UAUUCCGGAAUUUGCCCCGAAAAAUCCUAAUUUCUGUCACAACGGAACAUCACUCAGCGCUGCUUUUUUAUUUUCCUCCCUAGGGAGUAUCUGCCUUCUUUUGACCUUGAUUUUUGCCUGCUCCAGAGAUAUUUUGAUGAAGUGAACAUUCGAAUUCGGUUUUGUCUAAAUUCGACAACAUAUGGAUGGAAUGAAGCUGAGUUGCAGGUGGUAGAAGGUGGCAAUUAAUCACGAAGUCGUCGACAGAUUCCAUUCGCAGACGUUUAAAUCUGACGGCGCAGCCGUGAAUCUUGGAUUCGUGCAUGGAUUUAAAUUAGUUUGGUGAGAAAAAUGGCGACUAAAAUCAGAUUGAAGCUAAAUAUAUGAUAAAAUUUAUAACACUCUUGACGGACAAUUGUUUUUGAAAUCGCAGAUGCUCUUGUGAAAUCCGGUUGAAAGAUUUAAAAUAAUUCAAACUCGAAAAUGUAUUUGAAAUUUUUUGCAAACUUUAGCUGAUAAAAAGCACAUACAUAAAAAGAAAAAAAAAUUAAAUUUUAGAAUUUAUCACGAUUAAUGUAGUUUCCUCUCCUAAUUAAGAAUUUGUGUCAACUAGAACAUAUAAAGGAAGUUUGUUGUUUUAUGAAAGUAACAAACAAAAGCGAUUCAUUGCGAAACAUGAUAAAAAUAAAAUAAAAUGACGAGUCCAAAAUCAAAUCGAAAAUCAACAAAAGGGUCAAUAAACGUAAUUUUUAGCGCACUGUGAGGGUUUGUAGAAUAUACAUCCGCUGUUUGAAUUAACGCUUCGUUUGUUAUGUGAAGAGUUCCUUCUAUUUGUAUGUCCGGUUCGCACAGAGAACGGCAGAAAUAAAUAAAAAAAAAUCAACAUCAGCUUCAUCAACGUCAUUCACACGAUAACAAACCUCACACACUGCAAUGCUAUUUCAAAGAGACUGGAGUAAAGAACUUUGUGCCUAAUUGUCAUUACUAGAAUUUUAUGUUUCAGAACAUCUCGGACUCAUUUUAGAUUAAAUUCAUUUAGUCUUAACAAUUUCAUGACGAUUGCUACAUCAAAGAUCGAGCAAUUUUCAAAGUUCAUUAAGUUGAAUGUGUUACUGGAGAUUGGAUAAUUUUAAUAAUUUUAAAGGUGCCAACUUGUCGCAAAUAUUUCGUCAUUGUAUUUUAGAGAUAAUCUAUAAAAUCAGAAAAUUUAUAAAAAAAACAUUGACUUUAAAAAAAUUGGCUGAUGAACAACCGCUAUCUCUUGUAACGUACAAGUUGAUAUUUCUUAUGGUUAUCAAGUUUUGCUUUAGAAUUUUCUUUUCUUAAGAAUUGAAAUAUAUUGACAACAUUUUCAUUUUUCCUGAAGCAAUUUUCAAAUAUUUUGUAAGAAUUGCUAUCUAUCAUCCAUUAUGAAUCUGCGGAUUUCUAUGGUCACUGAAAACUUCCAACUAUCUUAUGUAACCGAAAUGAGGACAGAGUAAGUUGCCACUUCCAUUUUACAAAAGAUGGGAUCCACUGUUGGAAAAGGAGCCUCGCUGCUGGAAAGCCUUCCGCCCAAUCAAAGCCUUCACGUAGUUAUGCUUGGUUUGGACUCCGCUGGCAAAACUACAGCACUGUACAGACUGAAAUUCGACCAGUACCUCAACACUGUGCCGACGAUAGGCUUCAACUGUGAGAAGAUCAAAGGUACCACAGGCAAAGCCAAGGGAACCAGUUUCCUGAUCUGGGACGUUGGUGGUCAGGAUAAGUUGAGACCUCUUUGGAGAUCGUACACCAGGUGCACGGAUGGGAUCGUCUUUGUCCUGGACAGUGUGGAUGAUGAGAGGUUAGAAGAAGCUAGGAUGGAAUUGGUCCGCAUGGCUAAGGCGCCAGAGAACUUAGGGGUACCAAUUCUGGUGUUGGCCAAUAAACAAGAUCUGCCUGGAGCAAAGGACCCUUUUGAAAUUGAGAAAAUUCUGGGUCUCGGUUCUGAACUGGGACCAGGACAUCUAUGGCAUGUUCAGCCUGCUUGUGCAAUUAUCGGAGAUGGACUAGAAGAAGGAUUGGAAAUUCUUUACGAAAUGAUUCUGAAAAGGAGACGCCAAUUGAAGCAGGCCAAAAAGAAGUAUACUUAAGUGAUUGAUUCUUUUGUUAUUUAUAUGUUUACCUCUUGCUACCAUGGGUUAGAAUUUGUGUUUUUAUCAGGAUUGUUCUGGAAUAACUAAUAGAAAUUGUAAGUAUGAAUACCAAAUUCACUUCUGAAGAUUAUU